AUGACCUCCAUCAAUGACAUCGAUGCAGUAAUGGCAUCCUCAAGGCUCGAAUUUCCUUUUAAUCAUCUCAACCCAAAUAUAACCGGUCCUUAUAACUCGAGUAUGUACGUUGGGGACUGUUUGAAAAUAGACCCCGAUGGACGGCCUUACAUAUCAUGGAUGUACGAUGUUAUGGGAGAAUGUGUACACAGUGGUUUGGAACAAGCCUCAUUCUAUGUUGGUUUACUCAGUCUUGUUUUAUAUUUAUUUGGUGGUAUUCCUCAAGUGAUAACAACUUUUCGGAAAGGUCAUGCAGAUGGUCUUUCGGUAGUAACUCUCGCACAAUGGAUGAUUGCGGACGGAAGUAAUCUGAUAGGGGCUGCCUUAACAGGCCAAUUAUUUACACAAAUUUUAUUGGCUGCUUACUUUGUUUUAAUGGAUUUUAUUUUCAUUGGACAAUACAUCUUUUAUAAUUCAAGAAAGUUGUGGAGGAAGCAUGUUCAAAAGAAGAAGGACUUUGGAUCACCCUCAUCCUCUUCAAAACCAACCCAUGAUGGUCUUCAAGAAAUAAUAACUGUUACAGACAAACUUCAUUCAGAAACUCUCGAUGAGCAUCCAUUUGAAAUAACGGAUGUAACGAAAAGGAAAGAAGUUUUAGAAGGGAUACAUAUAUCAGGAGAUGUCAGUGCAAGAGUUGGUGUUGGUGCUAGCGUUGGUGCAUCAGCAUUAAUGCCAGCACAUUUGCAUUAUCAGGCAGAGGAUGAAGAAUCAUCGUCUGACACAAAUUCACCAAUCACUGGAGAAAAUGUUCAAGUUGACUUUGAGGUGCCCAAUCCACGAACUACCACAACAGUGCACCAUCCUGAAAUCACCACAACAGUGGAACUUUCAAGACAAUCUCAUCAAUCCACCUCAUCCACCUCUCAAACCUCAACUCUACCUCAAUUUCCAACGUCGGACUCUGAGAACACUUCCAACAAUGCCUCCAACACAAAACUCUAUUCCUUCUCCACAUUCUUUAUAGUUUUCACGAUUUUGAUCAUACUGUCGUGUUCCAUGUACCAAUUUUCGACAUCUUUCAAACAAACCAUAGAUACCAUCCAACCUUUACACAGGAAAAUUGGAAGAAAAUUGUUGUCAACAACAGAUGUCUCGGAAAUAGUUCAAGACUCUUCAUCAACUCAAAAGGAUCACAACGCUCGUGAAUUUCCACCUCAGAAACCAUACGCCAUCGUGGGAUAUGUUAUUGGUUGUGUUUCCACAGUAUGUUACAUGGGCUCAAGAAUUGCCCAAAUUAUUAACAAUUUUCGAAGAGGAUCAACUGAAGGAAUGAAUCCUGUGUUAUUCAUUUGCUCGGUAGUGGGCAAUCUAUUUUAUUCACUGAGUAUUUUCCUUUUCAGUAUUGAUUCAUCGUAUUUAUGCUCGAAGAUACCUUGGUUAACCAGUAGUUUAGGCAAUCAAUUUCUUGACUACACCAUUCUUAGUCAAUUUGUUUUUUACACUUACUUUAAAAAGAAAAAACGAAAUUCUAAAGACAAGGAUAUUGAAAUGUUGACCACCAACACAGACGUUGCCAAGAUAUAUGCUCCAAUUAAUCAAGAGGACCAUGAUCUUGCAAAAGAUGCAACAUCAGUCAAACAAUAA